GCUGGGUAUCUCGUCAUGUGAAUGUGAUACUUGCCCAUCAUACAAACAAAUGUUUUUGCUGAAUUUAUUUGAAUAUUUAUUAGAAGGGCAUGAUAAAUACUUUUGAAUGGACUUUUAUUUUAUUACAGAACAAAAGCUCGUCCAUAUGUCUGAAAUGAUCAUUCGGGUAGAGUGCGAAUCAUCUUCCACACUUAAUUAAUUAAUUGAAUUAUUAUUAGAAAUAACAACAUUGUUCUAAAAUAUAUAUAGAAAAUAUAAACAGUCAAGUUCCGGAAGUAAAAAUUCCAUUAAUUUUCUCCGUGGAACUGUUCUUUUAUUUCUGCAACUUCAGAUUCUUAUAUUAAUAUCUUUCACAUAUGUGUUUUCAUUUAUAAGAUAUAUUCAAGUGAAGGGAAUAUUCCAGAGCAUUUUAAUACUUAUUUGAAAUAAAUUCACAGGUUAAUUGUUAUUUAACUCAUCAAUUUUCAAAUUUUCAUCCUCCUUAAUUUCUCACUUGUAUCAAAUUCUGGAAUGGUUUAUUCCAUCUGGCCAAAUAAUGUUAUUCUUUAAUAUGUUAUAAACGAUGCUUAAAAGAGCAUAUUAUUGCUGCCUUAUAAUAUUUUUCAUGCAUCUUACAACGGUGUUUGUUUCUUAUCUUUGGUUUUUGAUAUAUGCUGUUAUUAAAUUGUUGAUAUCUGUAAUUGUAUUUUCACUAGUUAAAUGUCACCAUAGGCUGCCAUUCAAAAUCAAUUGUUGAUAUCAAGAAUUAAUUUCUUACUAGUAACAAUUUAAUUCUUGAUAUCAGAAAUACAAUUCUUACUAGUAAAAAUGUCUAUUCUUGAUAUCAACAAUUUAAUUCUUGAUAUCAACAAUUAGCAUUUUAACUAGUGAAAAUGUAAUUGUUGAUAUCAAGAAGUCAUAUCCUGAGAAUGAAUAAAAGUUAAAACGGCUUGCCAUAGUAGGAAAGAUAGGCCACUAUAAAAAACCACGACGGCGUCGGAUUCACGAGGCAUCUUUUCAGCGUCUGUAAUUAACGCACGCGUGAAAUAAUACGUCGUCUCUGCGUCGUGACGUGUGCGUCAUUUCCAUGACAACCGCCGAGGCUUCGACCGACAACAACAACAAAGAAACAUGGACGACGAUCAGAGCGCGGAGGAGACGGCGUUCGUGGUGGAAGAAGUGAGCAGCAUCGUGAAGGAGUCUCUGGAGGCUGUGAUCGGCAGAAACCCGUACGAACACAAGCGUGUGAACCAGUGGAUGUCCAGCGUGGUGGAGCAGUGCCUCGGUCAGCUCAGCAAACUCGGCAAACCCUUCAAAUACAUCGUCACAUGCAUUAUAAUGCAGAAGAACGGCGCAGGACUGCAGUCGGCUUCUUCAUGUUUCUGGGACAAUACUACAGAUGGCAGCUGCACGGUCCGAUGGGAAAACAAACACCUGUACUGCAUCGUCAGUGUGUUCGGACUCGCCAUCUAGACUCAAACACAAGCUUCAGUAUUCCUGCAUUCAGACUCGCGCCGUUCAAUAAAAGCACACGAAUUCACCUCUUAAAAACGUCUGCAGAGUUUAUUCCACAUUCACUCAGACAUCACAAGCAGCUCGUCGUCUGGACCGAGCUCAGCGGCUUUAGGAAUGAUCUCAUGUACAUGUGGAAAGGCACAGCGAACCGCCAUCACACGGUGCUUCUGGGACAUUUCAUAAAGUCCAGCGUCACAUCAGACGGAUCAAGCACUCAUCAACCUGCUGCUUUAAACCGUCAUCAGAGUGAACCAACAGUGCGUACAAAACAAAAACAAGGCGCUUCUGUCCACAACGGGACCCUGGAAGUGAUUCAGACCCACAAAAUAACCGUAAACACACAAAAACAUGUACAGGAAACACAAUAAGACAGGAAUGUGAGAAAAAAAAAGGCUUUUGGAACGAUAAA